AUGAGAUACCCCCCGGGUCUCCGAAUGGUGACAACAUGCCAAGCAGAGGACCAGGAUGUCUACCCACACAUCCCACUGCAGACCUCCUUCAAGCUGGAUGGUGGCCGAUCCCAGGAGCUGAGCAGGUUUUACCAGCUGGCCCAGCAGCACCGUGAUUUUUACCGGGACAGGAGCGGGAUGCUGUACAUCCAUCCCUUCUUUGUGCUGCCCGUGAAGGAAAAGGAGAGAUACCCACAUCCACUUGACAUCCCACUGCUCAGCGCAAAGACCCACUGGCAUUUGAGGCGAGUGUCACCUCUGAACGUUCGAACCUACCAGACUUUCCCCUCAGGGAAGAGAAUCAGCACCGAGGAGAGACAGAACCGGAAUGCUUAUUUCGAGUACCGAGCCUAA